CUCCCCCCUCUGAUACAUCCUUUUGCUUGCAAAUCUCCCACUUGAUUCAUUAUUAACCAACGCCCCCCCCUCCCUCCCCUCCUUUCUUUCACCACCUCCUACAUAACCUCCUCCUCAUCCCUUUUCUCUGCUCUCUCUCUCUCUUGUCUCCCUCCAACCCACCAACUCUCUCUGAUUCCCUUUGUUCCAGUAGGCCAGAUGUUAGCUGCACAGGUACAGCAAGCUCAGUCUCGAGAGCCCUCUCGUCCUCGUUCCCAUUCUCAGCAGAAUCCUACUACUACUACUACUGCCACCCCUCUAACUCAAUCUCAUCCUAAUCAUCAUCAACCCAGUCGUCCAACCUCUGCUGCACUUCAAUCCUCCCUCCCUGGUUAUGGUUUCAUUCAUCAAUCCACCCUCAUCCCUCACUCGCUGAUGAUACCCACUGUCUAUGCCUUCAACCAACAACUGGCUAGCCAACAACAACAGCAGCAGCAGCAGCAACUCUAUCUCCCGCUCAUCCAUUCCGGUGCUUCCUUCCCCGAACUGGGCCACCCACCACUCCACUUUUACUCGGGACCUCCCAACCGCAACCUUAACUCAUCAAGCCCCAUCUUAGGCCCCCCUCCUGCCCCCCCUCUGACCCGAUCUGCCCAUUCCGAUCACUUCACCCCUGGCUCGGCCACCUCUGCUGCUCAUCACCAUCAUCGCCAUCUCCCCCCCUCCCUUCAUCCGCCUCACCAUCGUGCCCAGUCUCGCUCGCUCUCCAAUCCAGGCUCGACCAGCAACUCAUCCAACCAUCCCAAGACUCACACGCCUGCCUCCCCCUCAGCAACCACAGCAGCAACCGCAGCAGCCAAUUCGACCAACUCGCUCUACAGUACCAUCCACCAUCCGACUGCCAAUCAGAUGUAUGCCCAUCGACCCUCGGCUGGAAAUAGCGACCCUUCUCCUUCUCCAUCCCCACGCAUCGUCAGUCCUUUGUCCGGCUCCAGCGGGAUUCCCUCACCUAGACCACGCACUCAAAGCAGUCAAAGUGAUCGUUCUAGGCCAGUUUCUCAUCAUGGCUCGGCUCCAAAGCCCCCCAACACCAACAACCUCCAUCGCUUGAGGACUGAUAGUCAGAACAGUCAUCACUCGACCAACUCGCACGGAUUCUCAAACGGUCCGAGCGGCACUCUCGUAAAACCUCCUGGCUCGCUCCACGAACCUCAGUUCACUUUCAAUUCAUCUCCAACUGCUCGCAGCGCGACUGCCUCCACUAACUUAUCCUCCUCCUCCAUACCCUCCUCUGGUACCAUUCAGGGUCGUCCUUCAUCACCCUCAACUCAUUCCUUUAACUCAUCCAACUCUCCUGUUGGUAACAUGGUCCGUCGAUCCAGUCCGCUGGCUCAAUCGAGCCACUCAUCCCCAGCUCAUCAUCAACCCAUCAACGCUCAAACGGUCGCCGCAGAUUCAGCAACUCUCCAACCUACAACUUCUACUACCCCCACCACCACCACCACCAACAACAACAACAACACCAACAUCAGCAACAAUUCCUCCGCUUACUCCUCCUACCGCAACUCGUCCGCCUCAACCGUUACCAUCACAGCCGCCCCGCCACCCACUAUUCCCACCAGUAUUACUGUCGUUCCAGCCAAUCAAACAGACGAAGAGGUCGAAGAAGACUCAGAUACCACUUCCGAUGUUGAUCAUCGUCCACCUGGUCACAGAUCCACACCCGGCACUAGCGUUGAUAGCUCAACCUCCAAUUUCACUCAACCUGAAGACGUCUCCUCUGCCACUGAAUCACCUGCCUUUCCCGAUCGCACUCCUCACAAGCAUUCGAAACACAGUCUCAGCAAUAAGCUUCGACGCGCCCUUAGCAUCAAUGCUUUGCAUGAAAACAUGAUUCACGAGUCGAUUCCGGAGCUUGAUCCGGCAAUCGGUCAUGAAAGGUUGAAGAGUUCCUCAGCCUCGAUAGCUGGUGUGCCCCUAAGCCCCAGUAUCACUACCAAGGUCAAGGCUGGUCGGCAGUCGGGCUCGAGUCGACGCUUUGGUUUCCUUAACUCCAAAUCCAACUCGUCAACAGACAAUCUCUCGAUCUCAUCCACCGUCAGUUCGGCUAGUGUUAUGAUUCGCAAGCUGGGCAACUUGGGCAAAUCUGCUCGGACCAAGGGGGUAAUGGGUCUCACCAAAAUUUUCAAGGAUAAGAACGAAGCUGCCGCAGCCGAAUCGAAUGCAGACGACAGCAAGGGCUCCAGCAGCAAGCCAGCCCCAUUCAAGAAGGCCUCUUCUAACCAGCACAAGAAUCUCGCCUCCACAUCAGUUGCACAGGUACAGGCCGAGGUCGAUAGGUCGCUAUCCGUUGAAUUCCCUGGGAUGACACCAGCUGCCGCCUUUAUCCACAAGCAGAAGCAACAGUAUGCUGAACAGGAAGCGGCCGCUGCAGCUGCUGUAGCAUCUGCCGCCGAAGCCUUGAAUCAGUCUCGAGGCUCAGAGAGUGUGAAGUCCAAGGGUCGAGCUGGUUCGGUUGGAAGCUCAAGCUCGAUGACACCCGGCAGUGCGUCCGAGGCGCGCAAGAAGAUGAUUGAGAAGGAGAAGGAGAAAAUCAAAAGCAAAAAAUCGAGAAAGUGGGGAUUCGGUGGUCUCGGUGGUACUGGGAACGCUUCGGAAGACCUUCCUGCUUCAACCUCAGUAGAGGAUCUUCGCCGACCUCAAGGAUCGGAUGCUGAAGAGAAUGAAGACUGGGACGACAAUACCGUCCGAGGUGCUAACAUCGAAGGCAUGAUUGACUCUCAGCCGGGCGCCCCUCGAAAGUCUGUUGAAGAAUUGCGAGGUGAUGAUGAUGACCCGGAAGCUCUAGAUGAAUACGACAUGGAAUCACUCUUUGGAAAUUCUUCUAAUGAUGGUUCUUCUACCCGUCGCACUGGCUUGAAACCCCGUCCUUCCAAGGAGGCAGUACCUAAGAAAGGUAUCUUGAAGAACGCCCAAAACUUUUCACAAGAACAGCAUCUUUCUCCAGUUUCAUUCCAAUCCAAACCGAUCAGUGCAGCCACGACGCCCGACUCGCCCAAGCCACAGAACUUAGUGGAUGAGCCGGUACUGCCUGGUCUGCCCCAAUUGGGCAAGGUUCCUCAAGUCGGAUCAACGAUCGAUUUCGGAAGUACGAUGCCGAACUUGAGUCUAACCAUUGCAGGUGCUGAGAUCAAAGAUCGUCGGGCCACCUUUGCACAACACCUCUCCGUCCACACCACUUGGCCUCCUGCUAUCUACGACCGACGGGGUGAACUGGCCACUUGUAAUAGGCUCACUCCCACCCUGGCUCAACGCAUCAAGGAGGAAAUCAACGCUUUCAAAAUGGAAGAGAUGGAAGUCCAUUACGCUUCCAGGGUACACACUCACUUCUUUGUUUGAACCGGUCGCUCCAAUGAUCGGUUGGGUUAGAAAUAGUAAGAAGCUGUCAUGGGGGAAUCUUAUGCAGUGAUGAUAGACAAUGUCCGCAGAUUGGAGAUCUUUUUUUGUAAGCUCGAAUCUAGUUGAUGAGCACAGACCUCCCCACAUACAUAUACACAACACACAUAUACAUACAAACCCCUCCUUCUGCUUUGCCCUACAUAUAUACACAUAUAUAUCCAAUCACCUCCACUCCUCCUCUCAAAGCACCAGGUCAUCUUUCAUUUUGUUUUUGUUCCUUUCUCUUUCUCCCUUCUUCUCCUUCUCUCAUUUUUCUCCUUAUUCCUUUAUCACACUUCUUUCUUUUGUUAGUCUCCACUUGUUUUGUUUUUGGUCCCCUUUUUUGUUGUUUACUCUUGUGUAAGAAGGAUUUUGCUUUUUUUGUGUGUGUGUGUGCAUGUGUGUGUUUUUUCUUUUCAUUUUCAAAAUAAUAUAUACAUAUAUGGAUAUCUAGACAUAGACAUCAAUCUACUUUCUCUUUUUUUUUCUCUUUCCAUCACUAUCACCAAUCUUUUUCUAUCACUCCAGUUGUUCUUUGAUGGGCUUUACUUAUUCUUUUCACCUUGUUUUCUUCUUUGGUUUGUUAUAUUACUUAAAGAUACAUACACACAUAUAUGUAUAUGUAUUUACAUACAUAUAUACAUAUGAACAGAAUUUUAUUCUUACAUUCAUUCAUGACCUCUUUUUUUUUUUUUUUCUUACAUUUCUUUU